AUGCAGGAAUGUUGGAAGGCGCAAAUCUCGUGGGAUGAAUCUGUACCCACCGUUUUGCAUUCGUCAUGGCUGUCAUUUACAGAACAGCUAAAUAUGAUCGACGGACUAACUAUUCCGCGUCAAUUAAUAAUUAAUAAUCCCAAAAGCGUGCAGGUACACGGUUUUUGCGACGCUAGCAAGAUAGGAUACGGCGCCUGCUUAUACGUACGGUCCUGCGACGAACAGGGCAACACCCUCGUGCGGUUAUGGUGCUCUAAGACACGCGUGGCCCCCCUUAAAGAAACAACAAUUCCGCGACUUGAAUUGUGCGGGGCCUUAACACUCGCAAGAUUGUUUAAGGAAGUGUCGAAUUCAUGGAAUUCGUGCCCGAACAAAAUUACUUUUUGGUGCGAUUCUAUGAUUGUACUUCAUUGGCUAAAGAAGGCCCCCGCGACACUUAAGGUAUUUGAAGCGAAUCGAGUGGGGGAAAUUCAAAAGAUAACAGACGGUCUCGAGUGGCGGCAUAUAAAAUCCGAACAUAAUCCGGCGGACGCGUUGUCGCGAAGUCAGUUCCCGCGGGAGUUCUUAAAAAAUGAAUCGUGGUUCGACGGCCCCGCGUGGCUAAGCCGGCCCGAAGAGAAUUGGCCAGAGUCAAUUGAAAUCCCCAUUAAAGAUCUGCCCGGGUUAAAAAAGGCCGUUUGUCUACUAUCCUCAAAACUCGAAACAAGAUACAUAUACGACGGAUUUUCCUCCUAUACGCGAUUAACUCGCGCCAUUGCGUAUGGCUUACGAAUGUUACCGUCAAACCGAAAUAAAGGCGCGCUUACGAUACAAGAGGUAUGCGAGGCGGAGGUCCGAAUACUAAAACUGAUACAGAAUGAACAAUUCGCGAAUGAGAUUACUAGAAUUUCAAAUUCACAAGACGUAAAGGGCUCAAAAUUAGCAUCGUUAAGUCCAAUACUAGAUCAAUCAGGUUUACUUCGCGUGGGUGGCAGGCUGCGAAAUGCCGCCAUUCCCAUUUCGCAAAAACACCCGAUAUUAUUACCGUCACAUCAUCACGUAACUGAUCUAAUUAUUAAAAACGUUCACGAAAAAAAUUAUCACGCCGGCAUCCAAACGACACUUUAUGCAGUACGUUAUCGCUUUUGGUUAUUAGACGGAAAGAAUCAGAUACGAAAGAUAGUGAGACAAUGCGUACGCUGCAUUAGAUUCCGCGCGUCACCUGUUGAGUAUAAAAUGGCCGACUUACCAAAAUCAAGAUUGAACGAAUCGAUCGCAUUUAAUCAUACGGGACUCGAUUUCUUCGGACCAAUGUUCGUAAAGGAGAAAAAGCAACGGAACAGAGGCCGAGUCAAAGUAUACGGAUGCGUUUUCAUUUGUAUGUCAUCAAAAGCCGUUCAUAUCGAGAUCGUUAGCGACCUGUCCACGGAAGCAUUUCUAGCGGCAUUAAAACGGUUCAUGGGACGUAGAGCCAUCCCAGCACACAUAUAUUCGGACAAUGGCACAAAUUUCAUAGGUGCUAAUAAUCAAUUACGCGAAUGGUACGCCCUAUAUGAAUCAGCCGAAUUUAAGACUCAAAUAAACGAAUUUGCGACUACAAACAAAAUUUCUUGGCACUUUAACCCUCCCCUCUCUCCCCAUUUCGGGGGCAUUUGGGAGGCUGCAGUCAAGUCAUUUAAGCAUCACUUCAAACGAGUGAUAGGAGACCGCUUAUUCACAUAUGAAGAACUCAAUACGCUAGCCAUUGAAAUCGAAGCCAUACUGAACUCACGGCCUUUGUGCCCUAUAUCUACCGACCCUAAUGACCCCCUGGCUUUAACGCCUGCACACCUUUUAGUGGGGCGACCGCUCACGAUGCUACCUGAAAAUAAUUACUUAUAUGUUCCAGAGAAUCGCCUUACUUCCUGGCGACUGAUAUCCAAGGCCCGACAAGACUUUUGGCGCAAAUGGCACGUCGAAUAUCUGACGGAAUUACAACGACGACAAAAAUGGACCAAGUCCAAUACCGAACUGAAACGUGACUCGAUUGUCAUAAUUAUCGACAAAAAUUUACCGUGCAUGCGGUGGCAGCUUGGGCGGAUUGUGGAGCUACAUCCUGGAGACGACGGGCUGGUCAGAGUAGCCAGCGUCAAGACUUCUCAAGGAAUCUUCAAGCGAAACACGAAAUUAUUGUGCCCUUUAACAACCGAUUCGUAG